AUGCUGCUUAGUCGACUAGCUCGCAGCUCAUUUUCUGGGCUGUCGAGUCGACAAGCUACUUUAGCCGCCAGACGCAUACAAAGAAAUACUGUUGUUGGUUUCAACUCGGCCACACCACUAACAACAACACCCACAAGAUGGAGUUCAAGCCAGAGAGAAACUGAACGAGCAAGCCCAGUCCUAGUUGAGGCAUACUCAGUCGGGGAAGAAACCAAAAUCCGGAUAGGACGUACUAAAAAGGACCAAACCACCGAGUAUCGUGUUUUUGAUAACUUGUGGUUGCGGGAUAACUGCCAAUGCAGUUCAUGUGUCAACCAGGACACAAGGCAAAGGAACUUUGACACUUUCGCGUUGGGUGAUGUCCGACCUCAAGAGUUUUUUAAUUAUGAAACACAUCUCGAAGUCCAGUGGAACGAUAACCACAGAAGCAUUCAUCCCUGGAAAUGGCUUAAAUGCUGGUUCGCUGGCAGAUUCACAAAGGAGCUCCGUAUAGAUCAGCCACACGAACUAUGGGGUAAAGCCAUCGCAAAGAACCCUCCAACGGUCGACUACCGCCUAGGAGCCGAGCAGAUCAUGGCCGAUUUGACAAAAAACAUUUGGGUUCAUGGUUUUUGUCUUGUCGAAAACGCUGAGCCGACCGCCGAGGCAACAAAGGCCUUCUUGGAGAAGAUCGGACCAAUCCGCAACACUCACUACGGAGGAUUCUAUGAUUUUAUCCCAGACCUUGCUCUAGCCGACACUGCUUACACGAACAUUGCUCUCCCAGCACACACCGACACAACCUACUUCAGCGAGCCUGCUGGCCUGCAAGCCUUUCACUGUCUUGCGCAUGAAGCGCCACCUGACCACAACCCAGACGAGCCAUUGGGUGGCGAGUCUCUUCUCGUCGAUGGUUUCAACGCUGCUAGAUUGUUGAAGCAGGAAGCUCGGGAAUCGUAUGAUGUCCUGCGAGAAGCUAAAAUCCCUUGGCAUGCCAGCGGAAACAAAGGAAUAUCUAUCGCGCCCGAUCGUACCUAUCCCGUUAUUGAAAUCGACAGCGAAUCUAACAAAAUCCACCGCAUUCGUUGGAACAACGAUGAUCGCGGUGUUGUGCAUCACUUUGAUGCAAGGCGCUGGUAUGAGGCAGCUCGCAAGUGGAAUGAGAUCAUAAGUCGAGAAAGCGUUCAAUAUUGGUUCAAGUUAACGCCUGGCACCAUUGUCAUUUUUAACAACUGGCGAGUGAUGCAUGGACGAAGUGCUUUCAAGGGUAAUCGCCGUAUCUGCGGUGCAUAUAUACCCCGUGAUGACUUUGCCUCUCGUUAUCGGGAGACAAACUUCGAACAUGAUCAAGUUAUUGGGCAGAACCUUAACCGGUGUGCAGGUCAUGGCUCAAGUGUGCUUCGACGAGACAAUCGUUACCCCCGUCGCGACACGGCUCAAACGACAAGCAUGGGCAAGAAGGGUUCUCGACUUCCUGAUUCCGAAUCCAAACCUGAACCUGGUUCCGAUUCUUAA